AUGCAAAGCCAAAGCGUCGUAAACAAGUUAAAAAUUGGGUCCGUAAAUGUUGACUUAGGAGCGCUUAUAACACCUUAUUUUACAGUCUUGAAGUCGGCAUACUUUACCGCACUCCAACACGAUUUGUCUAUUUGUCAAGCCAUUCCAAAUGCUACUAAAGACAGUGGCGUCAAAUAA